ACAGGCAAGCGACAGCAACGGUGUUUGACAAAUGUCACUGCCAACGCGAACCAGAUUCAAUAAAAUGCGUUAAAUGCCGUUUGGUGUGUUUGUUCGGGUGUGAUGAUGAAGCGGAAGUAAAAUAAUUAAGUUAGCUGCCAUGUUUGGCUUCCGUCUUGUGUUUUAAGCUGGAGAAACCAAGCUAACGGUAACCAGGUGGACACCUUCUUCUUUCCAAAGAUGUCUUUUCGGGAGUCGCCUCGUCCUUCUGAAGAUGACGAAGCCUUCUACGUGCAGUGCAGAGCAGCGUACCUGGCCGUGUUUAGAUCUAGUUUGACAAACAUCACUUCGAAACAACAGCUAUGUCGCGUUCUCCAGCAGGCUGGCAGAAAUCCAUCCCAUGCUACCCUCAACAAAUACUGGACUGCAAGAACGUCCAAACUCAACUUUGAUGACUUCUGUGAGAUUCUCAAGUGUGAGAAGAAGACGGAGGAGACUGAGCUGAUGAGAGCGUUCAAAAAGAUGGACGUCAACGGCGAUGGCUACAUCACACACAGUGAGCUGGAGAAGGCCCUAACCACUAGAGGAGAGAAAAUGACAACUGAAGAGGUCAGUGCAAUUUUCUCGUUAGCUGACAUCAACAAGGACGGCAAACUGGAGUACGCAGAAUUUUGCAGAUUGCUCGCGUCUACAGCAGAGCAGUGUCAGGUGGCGGCGCUGGAGAGGCUCGAGGCUGACGCCAAGCUGAAGAGACAGAACUUUGGCAGUCAGUCGUACAGCCCUCCGAAGAGCUCCGUGUCAUCAGCAUCAUCAUCGUCAGCAGCAGCAGCGGCGGCAGCGACUCAACGGGCAGAAUCCGACACAGCGCUUAAGAAAGACUCCCGAUCGUCCUCCCGUCCUCCUUCCGCUCGCAGCAGACGGUCGUCCCUCUCGAACUCAGUCACGAUGACAUCCAGCAACGCAAAGGCCGGCAAAAUCCCAGAGCCUCCGGAUUUACAGGAGUGGCACCACAGUUAUAUGAAAGGAUGCUUCUUUUUAGAGGAUGAUGGAAGUAUCGGCUCUCUGCAGUACCAGCUACAUGUCCCACAGACAACCAGCGUCUACCUUACUAUCCAACCGCUCAGCCUCAGCCGCACAUCAGAAGGCUCUUCACCGUGGAUGACGGUGGACACGGCUCUGUUUGUCAUGUCAGCUGGGGAGACCAGAGAGGACUCAACUUUAGUCUGUUUCACCGAGUCAAAAGACAAAGAAAAGUACGUUUGGAAAGGAGAACUGAAUGCUGGGACGUACCACCUGCUUCCCUUCACCAGUGGCUGCCGAUUAAAGAAAAGGAGCAAAAAGAGCCUUUCUAAUAAAUCUGUGGAGCUGGUGUACAGGACUGACUCUGGAGAACUCGACCUUACAAGGGAGCUCAGGGAGGUGCUGUCUGACAUCUUUGAGGUCAUAGACCUGGAUGGUAACGGCUUACUCAGUCUGGAGGAGUACAAUUUCUUCGAGCUGAGGACCACUGGAGAGAAGUGUGACAAGGAUGCCUGGGCCAUCUGCAAAGAAAACUUCGAUAUGAGAAAGAACCAGCUGACGCAACAGGGGUUCAAGGAGCUGAACCUGAUGGAGGCCACGGAGAAAGACGGAGACCCCGCCGACCUAUGGGUCACUAUGGAAGCCAUGGGCUACAACCGCAGUCUGGAGCUAGUAGAGGCUUGUCCAUUUCAGAUAGAUGUGUACUGUGAAGACACUCCACCAUCCAUCCAACCACUCAGACUGGACUCUGGGCCCAGACUUCUGAACCAGGCCCUCCAGAAGUCCAUCACAGCUAGGACUGGAGCAAAAGCAGUGAGGGGACACGACAACGUCUUCAUCUACACCUACAGAGGAGAGCACAGGAUCUCCUCGCUCAUAACCAACAAGACAAACCAGAAAGUGACAGUGCAUGUGAAUAAUGAGCAGAGCAGGAACUGCUGCAGCAGCAGAGGCAUGUCUGUGUUUGCUGUGGAAGUACCAGCCCGGACUAAGAUGGUGUGUCAACACGUCCUACCCAUCAGUGAGAAACAAGACUGGACUUACAACUGUGUGGAGACCAUACUACCCAGCAUGUAAAGUGGUACCUCCAGAAUAGACAGCUGGUGCAUGUUAUCAUGUUAAAGACUCAUGUGCUAAACUUUAGUCAACAAGGUUUUAUAUGAGGUAAUUAAGGGUCUAUAUGCACUCGCACUGUAUCAUGAAUGUAAAUGUUGUAAUUUGUUACAUGAUAGUCCGGAUAGAACUGGAUGACAGUACUUUAAACCACACAGUGUAUGGUACUGUUUUCCUCUUGUUGUAGAGUAGUUUUUCUAAAAACUAAGCUAAGAAGAGUGGUGGUGUAACAUCAGUCAAGUUGCCUUUCUUUUAGCUUUAGUUUCCUUUAGUUUACUCUUUCUUGAAUGUGCCUUUGUAAUUUUGCAAGAUGUUGGUUCUAAACGUCCAAAUUACCUAAUAAUUAUGUUAUAGAGCGCUUACACAUUUUAUUUUCCAAUAAAAAUAUUCAUUAUGUUACAAUA